ACAGCCUGGUGUUCACGUAGUGCUACUCCAACAUCUGCCCGAACGCUCCCAUCCACGUCGCGCCUUCACUCCCCGAACCCAGACCACCUACCGUCUCGAUGGCCUCGUCGCCGCCCCGCCGCAAUCCACCCCGCCGUUGCUGCUGCAGGCCGACCCCGGCCCUCUCCAGCCUGGUCGACACCCACGCGGCACCCGCAGCCGCCGCGCUCUCAUCGGAGGAGAGCCGCAACCCACCCCGCCGCGGCAGGCCGACCCCGGCCCUCUCCAGCCUGGUCGACACCCACGCGGCACCCGCAGCCGCCGCGCUCUCAUCGGAGGAGAGCCGCAAUCCACCCCGCCGCGGCAGGCCGACCCCGGCCCUCUCCAGCCUGGUCGACGCCCACGCGGCACCCGCGCUCUCCUCGGACAAGGUUCCCUCGCUUCCGUCCGGCAUGAUUUCUGGGCCAAAACCCGGCGCACGCAUGGGGACAGAGUAUCGCGAUGUUCGUGUGGAGAAAUCUGGCAGGUACUCGGUGAACGUGUAUGUGAAGAAGAAGGGGAGGAGGCAGGUGGGGACCUUUGAUACUAUCGAGGAAGCCAUCCAAGCUCGAGAUAAAGCCAUCCAAGCUCGAGAGGAAGCCAUCCAGAAGCUUAAAGAUUUGAGGGCAAGGAAGCAGGGUCAGAGAGCCACGGCUCCCUCGCUUCCGUCCGCCAUGAUUUCUGGGUCAAAACCCGGCGCACGCAUGGGGACAGAGUAUCGCGAUGUUCGCGUGGAGAAAUCUGGCAGGUACUCGGUGAACGUGUAUGUGAAGAAGAAGGGGAGGAGGCAGGUGGGGACCUUUGAUACUAUCGAGGAGGCCAUCCAAGCUCGAGAUGAAGCCAUCCAAGCUCAAGAGGAAGCCAUCCAAGCUCGAGAUGAAGCCAUCCAAGCUCAAGAGGAAGCCAUCCAAGCUCGAGAUGAAGUCAUCCAAGCUCAAGAGGAAGCCAUCCACAAGCUUAAAGGUUUGAAGGCAAGGAAGCAGGGUCAGGGAGCCAUGAAGAGAAAAAGGGAGGAGGGCAGCCUCCAUGGAAGUGAGGAAAGGCCAAAGAAGACCCCAAUGCGGCCGUCGACGCCAGCGUCUUUGAGGGAGCUGGUUCCCAGUUCCAGGGUCACCACCAGGCGGCGGGAGCAGGAGCAGGAGCCAGGGGCAGCGAGCAGCAGCAAGAUGAGAUGCCGGGUGAUGUAGACCAGGGGCGGAGCCAGCAAUCAGGCAUGGCUUGGCAGCGGCCGCUGCCAUACCUAAAUGUAUUGCAUACUGCUGUAGGUAUGUAGGCACAUACGUAUGUGUUUGGAGAUUUGAAGUACUCCCUCCGUUCCUAAAUAUAAGACCUUUUAGAGAUUGUA